AUGGAUCUCUGUCAGAAAAAUGAGAUUGAUAUAGAAAAUAGUGAAAAUAAUGAAAUUCAAAGCACAGAAGAAACCGAACUUACCUGUACUUGUCCAGAUGAAAGAAGCGAAAAGAAUCAUGUUUAUUGUCUUCUCAAUAUCAGCGACAUUACACUUGAACAAGAUGAAAAAGCCACCGAGUUUAGCAUCGGGACUGGAUGGGAAGAAGCGGUCCAAGGCUGGGGAAGGACUUCUUCAACUGCCUGCAUCUGGCCAAGGAAGAAACUAAAAAAGGCGAGGGUAGGAGAAAGCGCCAGCAGUGGCUGCUUAGUCUGUGUGAAUCUCUCCCAAGGGAGCCUUGAGGCCAGGCCUCCUACAGAGGCUGGGACAUUAGAGGCUGGGGCUGACACAGAGGCCGGCCUGGAGAAGGAUCGGAACAGCCUCUCCCAGACCCAGGGGUCCCCCCAGGGCUCCAAUACUGCUUCCAGGGAGAUUAGUAAAAUCUGCUUUCCCACCUACAUUCCUAGAGAGAGAAAAAGUGUGCAAAUCAAGGAGUUUAUUUUGUGCACACAAGACUGGGCCGUCCCUGAGGCCAUUAGGGGCAAGGCCCCCAGGAGUCCUGGGGGUGGCACUGACAGAGGGCUCUCCAUCUCAGACGUCCUGACCACCAAGGCCCUCUUAGUUCUUCCCCCGCUGAAACCUUCACUCCCCAGUGGCUUGGAUGUUCUGGGUAAGAAGAGUAAGAACUUUUUCUUGCAGUCAGAAGAGAAGGUGCAGUCAGGAGAGAGUGUGGAAAAGGAUGAGUGUGUGGCUUGUGCAUAUAGAUUGAAAACAGUUGACCAGAAAGGUGAAAAGAGACCUGUUGAGCUGGCCAAGCACCUUAAGGUCAACAACACGCUGCCCUUCCCUUCCCCAGUGGCCCGGACAUGCCUGCCUGCCCAUCCCCAGCAGUGCCUGCCCUGUUCCCUCCUGCCUGAGAAAAACCUGGCGUUCCCUCCCAACCCCAGCAAUGUGCGCUGUCUCACCACCUUGCAGCUUUUGCAGAAACAGGGAACACAAAACUGCAAAGUCAAAUUCAAAGCCAAGGAGCCGAGACCUCCUGUGAACACCCAAAAGCACGUUCUCACAGAGGCCAAGCAGGAAAACGGGCCCCAAACACUGGACACCAAAGUGUUCCCAAGCCCAAGACCUCUUUUGCCGUCCCUCACAGUGAGCAGAGUCGUCGUUCCCAUCGCCACCCAGAGGCUCCUCUGA